AUGGGCAAGCUGGAAGGAGUGGAUGCCCCGGAAGAGAGAAGAGCAACUAUAAUCCCGGAGAAGCCGUAUCAUGUCUUCUCCAAGAAGCAAAAGUGGAGUGUUGUUAUCAUGAUUGGGGUUGCGGGGCUCUUUUCGGGGCUGUCGUCGAAUAUUUACUUCCCUUCCCUAGAUGCUAUCGCGAGAGGAAUCUCUCCCCUGUUCUGGGGUUCGCUUUCAGAUACCAUUGGAAGGAGACCGAUCUACAUCUAUUCUUUUCUGGUGUAUAUCAUUUCAAAUAUUGCACUCAGCUUCUCUCCGAAUUUUGCUGUUCUCUUGGUUUUUAGAGGUUUGCAAGCUGCGGGAAGUGCAUCAACCGUGAGCAUUGGAAACGGCGUCAUCCAAGACAUAACACCACCUGCGGAGAGAGGAGGCUUCAUCAGUUUUUACCAAGCAAUUCGAAACUUCAGCAUAGCCAUCGGACCUGUCCUUGGUGGUCUUCUCGCCAACUUUUUCGGCUUCAGAUCCAUAUUCGUAUUCCUCCUCAUUCUUUCCUCUCUUACACUCCUCGCAAUCAUCAUCUUCCUCCCAGAAACCCUGCGCCGCAUCGCCGGAAAUGGCGAACUCCGACUCACAGGCAUCCACAAAUCUCUCCUGCAGAGGUUCACAAAAGAUCCACCGUACCUCGAAGACCGCGACGAUACCUACACUCCUCCUAGGGUCACAGCGAAGACUUUUAUCGAACCACUACUACUUUUAAAAGAGAAGGAUAUCUUGCUGAGUUUGGUAUUCGGGGGCGUAAUUUAUGCGAUUUGGAGCAUGGUGACGGCGAGCACGACGGGGCUAUUUAAGCAGGCGUUUGGGCUGAACGAAGUGCUUCUUGGUCUGGCAUUUAUUCCCAAUGGUCUAGGCACAAUCGUCGGCUCAACCAUCAUCGGCAACCUCAUGAACAAAGCCUACGCCUCUGCCGAACAAACGUACAAAGAACGCCACGGUCUCCCUCCAACUCAAACCCUCAGUAAAAAAUCUCUACCAGCAGAUUUCCCACUCGAGCAUGCAAGACUAAAACACAUGAAAUGGAUGACAUCCCUCUUCGUCCUCAGCACCGCCCUCUACGGCUUCUCGCUCUCCCCUGCUAUCGUUACCAAACGCGGGUGGAUUGCUGUGCCCCUGUUCUUGCAAUUCUUAAUCGCCGCAACGAGUAAUGCGGUGUUUGCAGUCAAUCAGACGCUAGUGUCGGAUUUAUGUCCCGGAAAGGGAGCGAGCAGUACGGCGUUGAAUAAUUUGGUGAGGUGUUCGCUUGGGGCGGUGGGAGUUGCGUUUGUGGAGCAGAUGAUUGCGGGCGUGGGGGUGCAGGCGGCUUUUUUGGUGUUGGCAUUGAUGACUGUGGCGGUGACGCCGUUGGUGGUGGUGCAGUGGUAUUGGGGGAAGGAGUGGAGGAGACAGAGGGGAGAGAGGAAAGAAAAAUUGGAAAAGGGGGCAGUGGUUUAA